AUGACUCCCUAUUCCAACAGGAUGGACACGGCUGACAAUUAUUUGGACAAAGAUAUAAGAAAGCUAAGGAAGCCAGUGAUUGAGAAGAUGAGGAGAGAUCGUAUUAACAGCAGCAUUGAGCAGCUCAGGAUAUUGCUGGAGAAAGACUUCAAGAAACAGCAACUUCCAUCCAAACCAGAGAAGGCUGAUAUCCUGGAGAUGACUGUAGAACUUCUAAGGAAACAGUUACAGAGAACAUCUAAAGGCAUGGCAUCCCAAAAGCCUCCUUCAAACCAAGACUCUCCUACCUUUCUCCAAGGAAAUGUGAAGUUUAUUCCAGUGACCCAUAACAUAGAGACGAACAUGGGACUAAAUGAUGCCUCAUUAGGUCGCACCGUGAGUCAGAACAUUAACUCAUCCAUCCAAAUGUUCAGCAAGCAGCUAUCUCACAACUACCCUACAACAGCUGACCUUUGGAGGCCCUGGUGAUUCUAUGAUCCAUCUGUGGACUUCUUACAAGUAAAAACCAACAAUCACUUGGACCAGAUGUAUAUAUAGAUUAAACACUGGAUGAAAAGCCAUAGUGCUUUUCACAGAUUGGGUGAUUUCAACCUUUGAGGAACCACUAAAAGCUAUCAACACGAGGAACCACUAAAAGCAAUAAAUCAUUUUUGAUGUAAAACAAAUGCCCCACAAUUCUAGAGCACACUUUCCAUGAACUAUUUUUUUUAGGUUUGUUGCAGCCAUAUUUGAAAAUAUAAUGUUUAUGUGCCAGAAGUUAAUAUAUUUUUCAUAACCGACCUAUAGGUAAGUGUGUGUGUGAAACACACAAUAAUGUUAAGCUGUAAACUAAGUUUCUGAAACAUUCAUACAAUGAAUAUAAGAUCUUUUUGUGUAUUAGAUGUUUUUUUGUGAGCAAUUAUGCACUCUGCUAAACUAAACUUUUGCCUUUAUGUCUGAUCUAUGCAGGUAUUCUUUUAUAAAGGGGCUACAUGUGUAUUCUAAUGCAGAUUGUGAUUUGCCUUCUGUGAAUGGCAGGACAUCUUUUAUCUCAUAUGCAGUGUGUCUGUGUGUGUUUGUGUGUGUGACACUUUGUAAAAGGGAAUUAGUUCCCUGUUCCUGCACCUUUAUUAGAUGUUCUUUUCUAUGAAAAGAAAUUGUAGAGUACUUUGAUAUUUUUAUAUUCCUGUACCUUAUGGUUUAAAUUAUAAAACAUGUUUAAAUAAAACGUUUAAAAAACAA